AUAAACAUCGUACAUAGUUAUCACGCAUAAACGAUACCGAACACGUCCACUAAUACUGUUUGUAGGACCACAACUCGCAUACACAGUCAACUAUCACUGUGUUCCAUUGGUAUUAUAGACUAGCCAUUCAAGAGUAACAAUAUUAGUCAGUCGACCAGUGACUCUCUACUGGAUCGCAUACUAAAUUGUUACGCGUUGUCGCGUCGAGUGGUUUUUUUCUUCGAAUACAGGGUUUAAUAGAAUUCACAUCGUCAUUGUUAUAUUAUUGAUCAUGUACUGGAAAGUGUGCGUGAUUGUUGCAGCUGUAGCCGGAGCUACCAGAGGUUGGCAAUUGGGAAGCGGGCUGAAAUAUAAACUGACAACAACUUUGCUGUUUAGCGAGACGGCUCCAUCGAAAUCCAGCGGAGAUGUUGGCUUUCGUUUGACCGGCGAGUUGGACGUGACUGCUACUUGGCGGAAACCGGAUGAUCGAGAUACCUUCUUAUUGAAAAUCGAGCUUCAUCAUCCGCAACUAUGGAUCAAAUCUCGAAGGGCACCGGAACCGGAAGGAUUCAUCGAACAUUCUUCCAGGAUAAACGCCCUAGCAAAGAAUCCUCUUUUGCUGGUCUGGAGGAACGGCGAAGUGCAAUCAAUCUUCAUAGACCCCGCAGAAAGUGUCUCUUCUGCGAAUUUGAAACGUGGCCUUGCCAGUCUCCUCCAAUACAGAGUGUUCGACAACGACGUCGAAGAACGAGACGCUUCUGGUCUCUGUACCGUGAUCUAUCACUCCCUCGGACCCGAAACAGUGGGAAAACGAAAAACAUCCUGCGAACGAAGCACUCUACCACCAAAGAAACGACAUCCAAAUCCAUCGUUCGGCGUAAAAGUGUCGAGUAGUCGGAAUUCCACGUACGAGCUCACGCAAGACCUGCUUCUGCCCAGCCUGAUUCGUGACGAGGAGAGGCACAGGAUGGUGCUGGCCGCUAGACCGGAAAUGGGCACCAUAGUUACGUCAGAGAGGACACUCGAACUGUUGCCUGGCACACUGAACGCGAAAACCGUGCAAGCUGAUACCUUGAAGCAGGCUGUUGCUGCUGUGCAACCUGGAUGUAGGGAGACGAGUAUCGAACUGCAGUUGGAGUCAUUUGCGUGCCCUGAUACCGGAUGUCCGACGAUUGAACAAACAAUCGAUGAGUAUCGCAACGCUUUGGAGAACAACGCUUUGGGCACAGGGAAAUCCGCCUCUGCAUUCCUCAAGUUAGUACCUCUAGUCAAAUCAGCUUCUCCAGACGAGCUUUUGAAAAUUUUAAAAAGUCCUCGAUAUCGUCAACUAAAACCACAACUAUUGGACAUAUUUGGUGUGGCCUCAACUGUGGCGAGUCAUCAGGCAGCCAUGAAGAUUCUCAAACAAGACGAAAGAGGCGACGAAACCGAAAGAUAUCUCUGGGCCCUGUCCUUAUCCCCAACACCAGAUGCAGAUAUCGCCAAAAAUAUUCUGAAACGAUCAGAAGAGACUAAUCCAAACGAUAAAAUAGCAGAAACACUAGCCCUAACUGCAGCAGCGAUGGCACGCCAUCUAGGAUCUCCAGCUGCUAUCGAAAAAGCAAGGACUAGCUUAGAAAUUGGCCUCGACAGUUGCACAGGAGAAGAAUGCAAAUUAAAGUUCCUUAGAGCUCUAAGAAAUUUAAGAAGCAAGAAUGCAAUCCCUAAGUUGUUAAAAUUCGCAACAAGUGAGGAAAAAUCGCUCAGCAUUGCUGCUUGGAAAGCUUUGGCAAUUCUGCCCAAAGAUUCAAUUACAUCUGAGGUGAAGAAAGCGGCUAGACGUGUUUUCUAUCAAAUAGGGGGACCCAAGAGGGACAGUAGUGCUAGAACUCUGGCUUUAGAUAUUAUUCUCGAAACAGGUCCAUCGAAAGAAGACAUUAGACACCUUGUGGAAUACUUGGCAGGCACGGAUCCUGCAUACGAGGUCCGCAAAUAUCUUAGUCAACGAUUGGAACAGCUUUCUGAAAAAGAUCCUCAAUUAGCCAAGGAUCUGAAUGAAGUUUUAAGUACAAGUGGAAAAGAUAUCGUUAAUUAUAACGUGUUUUCCCAAAAAGGUUUAAGCACAGCAUUCACUAGAAGUUUCUUAAGAUCGCCAGACAGUAAUGGAUCACUGGUAACCAUUCAGGAAAUCAAUUCAGGAUUGAUGAAACGUGGAAUAGUGGACGUGAUUCUCCAAGUCGAGGACCACGAGGAGGCGCUGUUCUCUCUUGGCCUGUUCGCAGGAGGUCUAGGAAGCUUCGUCUCGACGUCUGAGGAAGAAGAUAUCCAAGAUAACGAACCUGCUACAGCAGGAAUGGAACUAGAUUUCUUGGGAGUUGGCAUCAGACCAUUCGUUUUCUUCUCUGGUCAAGGGGAACUCAUGGGCCACGUUUGGUCUGGUACAGCGUCUGAACGAACUCCAGCCUUCCAAGCCUUGUCUCCAAUCCACUAUUACAACGAAUACAUUCCAUUGGCCUCAGGAAUCGUGGUUGAGAUCGACGUUCAGGGUGCGGUUAGCUUUGAUUUAGCUGGACAGAUUCAACUGAGUUUAUGGUCCAGAAAUGCCCAGUCUCUGGUAGAUUUGAAGGCUGGAGUGAUGAUCCAAGGAGGAACAAAGGUACGAUCCGAUUUUGUGCAGAGCAUGGCUGAAUUCUCUAUGACCAUGGAACCCAAAUUGGAAUUGGCCACUGAUGUGGACUUUUCUGGACCAGUGUCUUUGUGCAUGAAACUCAGCCAACCAGAGAACGUGGUUAAGUAUCAAGUGUACAAGGUCGAAAGAGUGGCUGGAAGUAGGCAUAAGCUGAGGAAGACUAGAAGGAUAAGGCUGCAUAAUCCUGGUAAAUCUUAUCUGUUGAACAGAAAGAAUAACGAAAUGUGUUCGAAGAUUACCGAUUGAAGACUGUUUGUUGAAGUUUGUCAUAAAACUUUAUAAAAUAUACAAAGACAAUUAUAAAGGAUAUCAAAUUUUUUUUCCAUGUGCAU